CGGUUUUUAUUUAAUUGAAGCUCAAACUUUGUCCAGUUUGACUCGAAAAACUUAAACUGGACAAAUACACUGGAACGGAGGGAGUAUCAUUUAUCUUAGUACAUAUUUUGUUGAGUGUGAAGCCAGGAAGCUAGGUGGAAGCUAACAGGAAAUUGACAGGAAGCUACCUAGAAGCUUACGGCUUAAUCAUUGUCUCCAUAACUAAUCUCUAUUUAAGAGAUGAUAAUGUGCUUGUAAUUGUGGUGCAACAAAUGAAAUAAAAUCCUCCUAGUUGCCCCGUGUGGAGUAGGUUGCAGUUGGCGACCGAACCACACUAAAUCCUGUGUCAUUUAUUUUUUCUGCAGUUGAUUCGUGAUUGUGUUUUGUUUCCGCGUGCGUUUAUUCCCAACAAGUGGUAUCGGAGCUUUGUCUCGUCAACACACCGGAAAUCCGAUCAGCAGAAACUAAUUAGAGGGGUGCCACUUAAAGAACCCUGUGCAGUAGCAGGAGCCUGUGUUUGGGCCGCUGCCACCGGAGCACCCCCAUCCCUGUCGAUCCACGGAGCGCUGCCACGCUUGAAUCGGGAGACCUGCAGCAGGGAGUGAGUCAUGAGAGACUCGCCGCUGCCGCCAUCAAUCACGCAGCCCCAAAACCGCCGUCAACCGCGCGCAGAGGAGGAGCCGCUGGUCCGUCCAGCCGCCGCCACUAGCCGCGCAAAGAGGUGCAUCUCUGGUCUGUCCAGCCGCUGCCGCUAGCCGCCGCGUUAAGGAGAUCCAACGCCGUCGGGUUGAGGAGCCGCCGUUUCCGUCCAGAUCGAAAGGUGCUGCCGUUGACCCAGUUGCCGCCGAGCUACUAUACCGCCUUCUAGUACAGAUCGCCGUCACCGUUUGACUUCCGACCGCCGCACGCAGGAGCAGCGACAGAAGGAGCCGCCGCCGCCGUAAUUGAUAGCAGAUCCUGAACUGCCGCCGUCCUCAUUUGAAGCUACUGGUUCGAGCAGGUCACAAGCCGCUGUAGUCUUCAGCCGUAGAGUGUCCAGAAGCUUCGCUGUGCAGUGGCAAAAAGGAAUUUUUUUCUUUUGGCAGGUACUGUUCAAUCCUAUUAGUGGAGUAUUAUUGUGGACCGUGACUUGUGGAUUGGUGAGGUGCUAUUGGGUGUAUUAUUGGAGUGGUGGGCCACUGGUGAAAAAAAAGUGGUGGAAGCCAUUGUAGAAUUUUUUGGUGGAAGUGGCGUGUUGUUUUUAGGAGGUGGAGAAAGUGGACAAAAGGUGGGCCAACAUUAUUAGUGGUGGGUAAUUGUUUUUUGUGGUGCUGAAUUUUUUUUAGUCCUAGAUAUUUUAUCUGAUAAAAAUAUCAAGAUUUGAAAUAAGUUGUACCGUGUAUCUCAUCUUGUCGUUGGAGAUGGCAGAAGAUGGGAAGUUUCGAAUUGAGAAGUUCGAUGGCACAGAUUUCAGUUGGUGGAAAAUGCAAAUUGAAGAUUUGCUAGUUUAGAAAGAUUUGGACGUGGUUCUAGGUGACAAGCCAGAAAAGAUGUCAGAUGCAAAUUGGGCAGGUUUGGAUCGGAAAGCAAUGUCCGUGAUCCGAUUAUCGUUGACCAAGAAUGUUGCGUUCAACAUUCUAAAGGAGAUGACAGUGAAAGGCAUUAUGGAAGCGCUGUCUAACAUGUAUGAGAAGCCAUCUGCAGCAAACAAGGUGUUUCUGAUUAGAGAAUUGGUAAACACAAGGAUGAAAAAUGGCACUUUAGUUACCGAGCAUAUCAACAAGUUGAAUUCGAUCUUAGCCAGACUUUCGUUAGUGGGCAUUAAGUUUGAUGAUGAAGUUCAAGCUCUACUACUGUUAUCGUCAUUACCUAACAGUUGGUCCGAAACUGUUACAGCAGUUACUAGUUUAGCGGGACCUGACGGAUUCACUUUUGAGAAGAUUCGUGACUUCGUUCUUGGCGAUGAUGUCAGAAGAAGGAGUUCUGGUGAGUCUUCGGAAGAAUCACUAAAUAUCGUCAGAGGCAGAAGAAAUAACAGAGGUAGUGGGAGCAAGAACAGACGAAGGAGUCAGUCGAACACUCGGGAUAGCUCAGGUGUAACAUGCUGGAAGUGCAACGAGGUGGGGCAUUUCAGGAAUCAAUGCCCAAAAGAGGAUAAGCAAGUAAACAUUGCUGAAGGCUCCACGAGCGACGAGGAUUUGUUUAUUUGUUGUGCGGAGAGCAAUGUGGAUUCCUGGGUCAUGGAUUCUGGUGCUUCAUUUCAUGCUACCCACAGCGGUGAAGCAUUGCAGAAUCUAGUUGUUGGGGACUUUGGAAAAGUACGACUAGCCAACAACAGAGCUCUUGAUGUGAUGGGCAUGUGUGACAUAGUGCUGAAGACCCCAGUCGGUUUCUGGACUUUGAAGGAUGGCACAGUGGUUCCAGGCUUGAAGAAAUGUUUGAUUUCUGUCAGGCAGUUAGAUGAACAGGGACACGAGGUGAAGUUCGGAAACGAGCAGUGGAAGGUCAUAAAGGGAAAUCUUGUCAUGGCCCACGAAAAAAAGAGUGGGUUGUUGUACAUGGUUGGGUUACCGUCUGAGGGAGUGACCAUCCCAGUUCAGAGGAAAAACAAAGUCUGGUUCACAGAGUCUCGUGGGCAGAAGAAGGUUGUCUUUGCAAGAGAGAAACCUAGAGCCACAGGUCAGACUCAGGUUGGACGAGCAAGGAAAGGUUCAAGGUGGCCAGUCAGAGGUAUUUGUGGCAGUGGGAGCAUAGGUGGUGCUUCAGCCAAGGUUCCUAGAAGACAAUGGGUCCGGAGAACCAGUAUUCCAGCUGUUGAAACAUCUCCAUUAGAUUUUUUUGCUGACUAUGGAGAAUGUUUGUUCUCAAGAUGUUCCAGGAUCCGACAAUGCGUGUGUGCAGUGGGAGUCGGUAGGGACCGAGGACGAGUCAGGGGCAGUUCAAGCCAUGACUGAUGGGUUGAAACUCAAGAGAGUUUCAACAGAGUCUUCUCGAUGAUCAAGAAGGCUGGUGGCAACUAGAGGUGGUGGAAUUUUGAGUUCCGUUAUCAGAUUACAGAAGUCCAUGUGCACAGUUGAAGCGCAGGUGAACAUUGUUCCGUGGCUUCAAGUGGGAGAUUGUUGAGUGUGAAGCCAGGAAGCUAGGUGGAGGCUAACAGGAAAUUGACAAGAAGCUACCUAGAAGCUUACGGCUUAAUCAUUGUCUUCCUAACUAAUCUCUAUUUAAGAGAUGCUAAUGUGCUUGUAAUUGUGGUGCAACAAAUGAAAUAAAAUCCUCCUA